AUGUGUGUAAGUUCUGGCUUCGUGGCCGUCAGUUCCCUGAGUGGUGGUCAGCCUCCCAGGGAUGGUGGUGCCAAUCUUCAUUGGUUGCCCGCUUCCCUCUUCCCAGACGUUGCGAGCGCGGGCGCGAACUUUCGCGCGGCGUCGCCAGUGCGCCCAUGGGCCACUACCGCAUUUUUUGAACGCGUCACCGCGACGCGCCGCCCGCAGCUGCCUGCCCCCCGCGCUCCAGCGGACGUGCCGCGCGGGGGCCCGCGGGCCGGCACCUGCUCUCCUCCGCCCUUCCCCCCCCCCCCCUUGGCUGCUCCAUCCUCUUGCGCGUCUCUCUUCCUCCCAGAGCCUGCCACUCGCACCUAG